AUGGAAACAGAAAAUUCGUUUGUGCUAAAAAUCAUUAGUAAAUUACAAGACCCAGUACCUCAAUAUGUAUUGGGCUGCCUACCGGCUAUAGCAACGAUAGGGGCUGCGCCAUGGGAGGAAUUUAUGGACAAGUUAAUUUGGUUAGCUCGAUGUCUUGGUUGUCCCUUUACGGGAUUAUUUUACUCCUGCUGCAUAAAGAGCGAUAAGACAGCAUCGUGCACGUAUUGGCUUCCAUCAGAUUGUUUCAUUACGAAUAAUGGGGCCAAAAUUACAUAUAGACCUUUCGGUGCUCAUGCCAUGAAUAUCAGCCAGGUGGCACUUAUGGAUGCAUGUGUCGCUAAAGCAUCCGUAUUAGAAAGGUUGUCGUCUCUGGUGUCAUUUUACUAUAUAAUAGUAGGUAUUUUUUCGGGAAUUGCCAGGGUGGCAGGACCGUCUGUCUGUGUGGAUUGGCCAUAUAUACCAUUAGCAUUAUCCUGGACAUUGCCAGCAAUCUAUAGGAGAACGUUUAGGAAAAACCUAGUAGUUAGGGAUCCUAAAAAUAUAUUAGACGGCGAAAAAAUUAUUGUAAGCAACCAUGACCCAGUCGAUAUGUCUAACCAAUUUGCUCGCGUUGCGUUCACUGCUCUAUUUUCAAUUGGAGUUCCUUGGAUCACAGUGCUCCUAGCCUACUUCACGCCCCCAAUUGGAUUUUAUUGUCGCAGUAAAUAUCUCACUGUCUUAUGCUCCAUAUGGUCAUUCAACAGCACUUUGGCACUUUUAAGCCACUUGAAAGGGGAAAAAAGCGCAGAUGCAACCAAAGGUCGUGGUGGGUGA